UACUAUGAACAGAAAGAGAGAGCGGUGUGGUGGUUCAGAGAUCCCGUUAAUUUUUCUCUCACUCUCUCUUUCUCCCAAAAAAAAAAAAAAAGAAAUCCGGUGAGAUCCGCAGCACAGCGCAGCCUCAACAGAAAACAAUGCGGUUGGCGUUCGGUGAACCGAAUUUAAAUAUGCACGCAUGAAGCGGAAGCAGUGAAUGCCACCUCGGAACGGAUCCGUAGAAGCAUUUAUACAAAUACCAAGUUCAUUAACUUUCUCUUCUUCGCCAUUUAUUACCUUUUAUCUUCUCACGCGCGCGUUUUCUCCCUCUCUCUGCGCAAAAUGUCAGGGGUGGAAGAGGUUGUUGAGUCAAGAAUCGGAAGCUUGAAGAAGAAGGCCAUAAAUGCUUCUUCGAGGUUAACGCACUCGCUCAAGAGAAGAGGAAAGAGGAAAAUAGACUUCAGGGUUCCCAUUGAGGAUGUGAGAGACGAAAGAGAGGAAUUCGCUGUGCAGGAAUUGCGUUACGCAUUGCUUCAUAGGGGAUUGUUGCCUCCUAGGCAUGAUGAUUAUCAUGCAUUGUUAAGGUUUCUUAAAGCGAGGGACUUUAACAUUGAGAAGACAAUUCAGAUGUGGGAAGAGAUGUUAAUUUGGAGAAAAGAAUAUGGAACUGACUCCAUCCUCCAGGAUUUUGAAUUUGAAGAGCUGGAAGAAGUUUUUCAGCAUUACCCUCAAGGGUAUCAUGGAGUUGAUAAGGAAGGUAGGCCAGUUUACAUUGAAAGGCUUGGGAAAGCUCAUCCAGGUCGCUUGAUGCGUAUCACUACAAUAGAUUUAUAUUUGAAAUACCAUGUCCAAGAGUUGGAGAGGGCUCUGCAGGAGAAAUUUCCGGCAUGCUCCAUUGCAGCAAAGAAACGGAUAUCUUCAACAACAACAAUAUUGGAUGUACAGGGCUUGGGAAUGAAAAAUUUCUCUCCUACUGCUGCAAGUCUCUUGGCUGCCAUCACAAAAAUAGGCGACAAUUACUAUCCUGAGACUUUACAUCGAAUGUAUAUCAUCAAUGCUGGUCCUGGCUUUAAGAGGAUGCUUUGGCCUGCUGCACAGAAGUUUCUUGAUGCCAAAACUAUUGCAAAGAUACAGGUUCUUGAACCCAAGUCUUUAUGUAAAUUACUGGACAUCAUUGACUCUAGUCAGUUACCAGAUUUUUUGGGGGGCUCAUGUACAUGUCCUGGAGAAGGGGGAUGUCUUAGGUCUAGCAAAGGUCCUUGGAAUGAACCUGACAUCAUGAAGCUGGUUCAUAAUGUGGAGGCAACGUUUGCAAGACAAAUCACCCAAAUGUCCAAUGAACAGCAGAAUUUAGACUCUUUUUGGAUGCGCUUACAGAAGGGACAAUGCAGUGAUACGUCAACAGCAGAAUCUGGAUCAGAUCUUGAUGAUUCUUUUUCAUCCAUCGGACAAAGUAGAUUCACUUUUCCUCGUUUAGCCCCAGUUCAUGAAGAAGUCAGAGUAUCAAAUAACUACUAUAGUUGUGAUGAUAGUGCUUCUACAGCCGAGAAAAUGCUUGAAAGUGAUGAAUUUCACAUUACUCAGGAACAAUCAUUGCAAAAUGAUGAUAUAGGGGAUAUUUCUUGCGUCGAAAAUUCCAAAGGCAUUUUAGUCAGCAGUUGGUUUAGCUUUCUUAAGGAAAAAGUGGAGCAAACAAAGUUCUUAUAUGUGUCGAGAGUGCUGAUAUUUUUUUUUGAAAUAUUAGUAAUGUUCUUCCGUGGUUUAAGAUUAGAAUUUUGGAGAACAAGGAACAAUAUCUACCCAUCUGUGGCUGCCAUGGAACAUAACAACGAUAACCUUACAACAGCUGGUGAAACACCCUCUGAAAGAAGUCAUAUUUGUCAAUGCAUACAACGUCUUGAGAGACUAGAGGAAACAUUCGGUGAACUUAGCCACAAACCUGUUGGCAUACCUUUGGAUAAGGAGCAAAUGCUUAUGAAUUCCUUGGAUAGGAUUAAAAGUGUUGAGUUUGACCUUGAAAAUACUAAGAGGGUGCUACAUGCUACAGUGAUGAAGCAGCUUGAGAUUGCUGAGCUGCUCGAGAAUUUGCGGGCAUCAAAGAAUCAAGUAAAUUGCUUCUUGCAGAGAAGGCUGUUCCGCCGAAAGAUUCAAGUUUUGGCAAAGAGCUAGAGCUGUUAACACCUCAGAAGAUUAAUUCAACAGUCAGAAGAUUGACCCUUUGUUUGAAUGGAGAGAAAAUGCAAAGAAUAGGGAAAAAAAUUAAAAUUGAAUUGAAAAAAGAAGAGAGAAAUUUUUAAAAUCAUUUUGAAGUCAAACUUUUCUCCCUUUUUUUUCUUCAAUAAUAAUAAAAAAGAAGUACUGUUAUGUUAGCAGUAUUUUUUUUUUUUUCCUUUUCUCUCUCUUUCUCCUUUGUCAAACACAGGACGAGCUCACUUAUUGGACCCAUAGAAAGUUGAGGUGAGGGAUUACGCAAUUAAGCAUAGUGAGUUGCCGUAGCACAUUCAUAGAGACAUGGGGAUGAGAUGAUAUAGUCCUCGCUGCUUUUGUGUAUGUAUAUAUACGGUGUAGUUUUUAUGUUAAAAUAUUUUAUCUUAUUUGCAUAGUAUAUAGCUUAGUUUGUUGAAUAGAGUGCAUAAGUUGAUGUAAACACUUUAGCACCGAGUUUGAAUUAAAACAAAAAGUAUAUAGCUGGCAAAUUUUGUAGCAA